UUAAGAAGAAGAAGAAGACCACGACGACUCCUCCGAAUCCGAACGGGUUCUUUCCGCUUUUCGAACAAUGAUAUCUUCCUGAAACCGCUAGCUGGAAAACUGUUAUACAGAUAUGCACAGAAUAGGUUGUGUUUAGCACUGCUUUCAUGGAUAAGGCAAUUUUCUAACAAUGCGAGCUUUUCCAAAGCUGUGAAACGACCUAACCAAACAGAACACUGAGGAAAAAUUUCGGAAACCUCUCACAUCCAACUGUUAGCCUAUUUCGAUCUCUAUAAAGAUGCCUGAGGUUCGGGACCUUUCUGAAGCUUUGCCAGAGAUGCCAAUGGACCCAAUCACUGGAGUCGGAGUAGUAGCCUCUAGGAAUAGAGCACCCACUGGAUAUGAUGUGAUCUCAACAACAACAGAUGGCCUGGAUGCUGACCUGUGGAAAGAUGGACUUUUCAAAUCCAAGGUGACCCGAUACCUUUGCUUCACCAGAGUUUUCUCUAAAGAAAAUAGCCAUUUAGGUAAUGUUCUUGUGGACAUGAAGCUGAUUGAUAUAAAGGACACUUUGCCUGUGGGUUUCAUCCCAAUCCAGGAAACUGUUGAUACUCAGGAGCAGGCCUUCAGGAAGAGGCGACUCUGCAUCAAAUUUAUUCCACGAGAUUCCACAGAGGCAGCCAUCUGUGAUAUCCGCAUCCUGGGACGCUCCAAGCAGGCACCUCCUCAGUAUACCUUUAUAGGAGAGCUCAACAACAUGGGAAUCUGGUAUCGCAUGGGAAAUGUGCCUCGGGCCCAGGACUCCACACACACACAAACCAUCAACAACACCCAGAAUGUGAAUUCCUCCAGCUCAGGAUCAGCCCCACCAGCUCCCAUGCCUAAGCAUAUUUCCAUGACCCUCCCUGCCAGCUUCAGAGGAAAAAAUACUACCAGACCAGACUAUGAGCACCAGAACUCCAACCUGUAUGCUAUUACAGCAAUGGACGGGGUGCCUUUUAUGAUCUCUGAGAAAUUUGCCUGUGCCUCAUCUGAUCUGCAGCAGGUGGAUCUGAUGGGUAUUACAAUUAAAUCACUGGCUGAGAUUGAAAAGGAGUAUGAUUACAGUUUCCGCACAGAGCAUAGUGCAGCGGCUCGCCUCCCUCCAAGUCCAACACGGACCUCUCUGAGUUCUGAGGCCUAAUCAUCUCUUAUAUGAACAACAGUCAUCUCCACACUAUAGACAGCAGCCGGAGAGAAGUGCACACAACUACUGAGAACAUACCUACAACGGGGAUAUUCAGUCUGUAAAUGAGAAGAAAAAUUCCCAACAAAAAUUGUGGAUUUUCUAACUUCUGGGACAUGUUGUAGGCAGUCUGUGUGCUGUUGAAAUGAAAAGGAAAUGGAAAACAAUGGAAUUCAGUCAGACUCGAUCUACUACACGCAGAGCUGGGACAAGAAAACACAUUUUAUGCUCAUCGAGAUACUUCAGUAUCUCACUCGAAUGACUUCAAAAAUACAUUUCUUUUGUUAAGUGAACAAUGGUCAAGUGUCGUAUUGUGGUGGAAAAAAACUAACCCUGUCCCAUCUAAAGAUCUUGUUAGAAAUAAAAGGAUCACACGGUACUUUUUUCACAGAGGACUUCUGUUGGAUCUCACACCAGUCAUAUUGCCUUUUUUGUUUAUAACAUGGUCUGUUCUGAAUCAAAGCGCACCAUAAAGGCACUUAGUGUGUCAGAAAGUUAAAAGAAAACUGUGACUUUUAAGUUUUGUUGUUGAGCUUGUACUGGUCUUCUUGAUGGGGAAAUACUUCUCAUUGUUUUCUAGAUGUAUUGCCAUUUACUGGUGUGACUGUGAGUGCACUUUUGUGUUUGAGAUUGUUAUUGUGCUUCCUGAUUGCUGUAGAUAUUCUGUAAACCACUUCUUCUCUUUCUGUGAGGUAGCAGCUUGCCCAACAGAACCAUGACUACAGCUAAUAUUCACUGUGCGGAGUAUUCACAUCAAGAUUUUCUAUUUAUACCAUACUCUAAUACCUUACUUUGCAUGCAUAUAGAUGUUUUGAUACAUCUUUUCACUGAAUGAGUAACAUUGAGCAAACCUCACACAUUUUAGCUAAAAAGCACUGAUAGUUAGUCCUUAUAUCUUGACAAUAUCAUAGCUAUAUUCAUCGUUUUAAGUUUCCUUCAUCUUCAUUGGUGUUAUAUCAGAAAUGGAUGCUCCAGGAAAAGUAUAAUAUCGCAAAGAGUUUUAUUUUAGCACAUUGGUUAUGGAACGUGUGUACAGAAUUUUACUCUCCUGGUCAAAAGUUUUAGAACACCCCAACCCCAAUUUUUCCCGUUUUUAUUGAAAAUUAUGCAGUUUAAUGUCUCAUUGCACUCUGAAAUGAAAGCCUAGUACAAAUAAGGAGUUUAAAAAAAAUCAUGGGAUCAAUUCAUAGGCCAAAAUGUAUUCUAAAUUUUUCACUCAUCAAAGUAGAAACCUUUGGCAGAUAUAACAGCUGAACACACCCACGGCUUUCUUUCUACAAUAGAAAUCAAAUAUUCUUCAGAAAGUUCUUCCCAUAUCUGUUAAAUAAGUUCCCAUAAAUGUGUGGUACCCAAACCAGCUCGAUGGGGUUUAAGUCUGGAGAUUGUGCUAACCCCUGACCAACUAGGCACAUACCAGAGGGUAUUGCAUGGCGCUACAGAAUGCUGUGGUAGCCGUGGCCCAGGCAAACCUCUUCGUCUUAUUCUGACGUCUUAGCAAUGUCUUUCUUGCUGCAACUCGUCCUGUCAAACCUGCAGCCUGAAGUCUUCUCUUCAGUUGAAACUGAGACUUGCCUACUACGAUCACUAUUAAGCUGUGCUUGAAAGGGUUGUCCUGUGAGCCGUCUAUCACGCAAGCUUGUUAACUCUCAGAAACUUGUCCUCUGAUUCAUUUGUGUCUUUGGGUCUGCCAGACCUCUUCAUGUCAGAGUUUGCCCCAGUUUCUGAGUGCCUUUUGAUGGUGGAGAAAACUGUACUCAUUGACGCCUUAACUUUCUUUGCAGUUUCUCUGUAGGAAGACAUACAUUUUGAUGGUCCGUCUCUCUUCCAUUGCUAUGCCUUUUUCAACUGAUGCUCACGAGGGUACGGUACCACAGUGUGUUCCAACACUGCUUUUAUGCAGACAGAGGGGGUUGGAAGUAAUCCAGAAAGGUUGGAACACCUGUAGGAAUUAGUAGCACAAGCUUUCAAGGCUUGUGUGUUGUUGUUGUUGUUGUUUUGGUUUUUUGUUUUUUUAAACCUCUGGCAGUUCACCAUUUACCUUUGUUCCAUUUCAAGUUAUUCAUUGGACUUAAACGACCUGAAUUCCAAUAAAUAACUGAAAAAAUUGGGGUGUUCUAAAACUUUUGACCAUUAAUAUUAAAAUCACCUAUUUCACAUUUAAUGACAAUUAAGACCAACUCAGAACCAUGUGACUUUAUGGAAUUUUGACCCUGAUUAGAGUCACCACUGGUUAUAUGCAAAAAACUUUUUUUUUAACUUGUCUAUAGCACUAACCACUAUUAUUAAGACCACCAGAUAAAAUAAGUAUCAGUUAGUUACUUUGUUUUUUUUCUUUACUACCUACAUUAUACAUUGAGCCUUUGAGAUGUUUGGAGAAAAGCAGGAGAAUAAAUAGUAGGAUAUGUUUCAUGCAGAUGGGGAGGUAUUCUCUGGCCUAUUGUAUUCUUAUGAACUGCUACAAAAAGGUCAUAUUGGAAACUUUAUUUUAUUUGUAGACUAUUGCUGUUUGAUACUUUGAAUCUGUAAUACACUAAAAAGGCCUAUUAUAAUUUUUUUUUUUUUUUUAAAGGGAAAGUAAGUGGUCUUGUUUAUUCACUUAAUUCUCAACUUUGAUGUGAACAAAAUGGAGUUGAAACUAAUUGUUAUAAUUUAUCUCAUGUUAAUUAAGCUUAAUUAUCUCCUGUAAUAGAAAAAGUUUCAUGUUUCCGCAUAUCGAACAAAAUGUACACUAAUAGAAAUAUGUGAUAGGCCAGUAUAAGUUGGGCUCUUAUUAUUGACCUUAUGUUCAGCCUGAACAGGUGUCUGUGAAGGUCAGUCUGUCUACCAUCUUCUUAAAACACAUGAUGUAGCGUCACCGAUUAUGUAAAGAAAAUUAAAUCAGUUUUAGUUUU